GCGACAAUGCGGCAGCGCCACUGACUUCCCGAUGCUCUGGAGUCCGAGACUGACGCCGGCCUGGGAGCGGGAUGGAGCCGGAGCGGAGGCUGAGAGCGGCUCCCACGCGUGGCAGUCGGGGAUCCGGGUGCUGAGUCCCGCCGGCGUGCGGCGAUAGCACGUCUUCCCCUGGCGCGUCGGGGGCGCGAGCCAUGGGCUCCCAGGACGUGCUGAGCGAGACCACCCGGCUGGCCUCCUCCAGCGCCCUGCUGCAGAUAUUGUUUCGGGUGAUUACUUUUGGCUUAAAUGCAUUUACUCUCCGCUAUGUAUCAAAAGAAAUGAUUGGCCUUGUGAAUGUAAGGCUAACACUGCUUUAUUCUACAAUUGUUUUCUUAGCCAGAGAGGCAUUCCGUAGGGCUUGUUUGAGUGGCAGCACAAAGCGAAAUUGGACCAAAACUAUUAAUCUUUUGUGGCUAACAGUUCCUUUAGGGUUAUGUUGGUCACUGUUCCUGGGCUGGAUCUGGCUACAGUUACUUGAAGUUCCUAAUCCUAACUCAGUUCCCUACUAUAAGAUUGGAGUAGUUGCAUUUGGUCUUUCUGCAGUGGUUGAACUUCUAGGAGAGCCAUUCUGGGUUUUGGCACAAGCACAUUUGUUUAUAAGGCUUAAGGUAAUUGCUGAAAGUCUUUCAAUAAUCUCCAAAUGCAUUUUGACAGUUAUUUUAGUAGUGCUGUAUCCACAAUGGGGACUUUACAUUUUUUCUUUGGCCCAGCUUUUAUACACCAGUAUUCUGGUGCUGUGCUAUGUAAUAUAUUUCAUGAAGUUUUUGGGUUCUCCUGAAGCAACAAAGAAAUCUUUUCCAGUUUCUAGAAUUACAGAUCUGUUACCCAACUUGACUGAAGACCAGAUAGUGGUUGACUGGAAAGAGGCUAGGUUGACUUGGAGCUUCUUUAAACAAUCUUUCUUGAAACAGAUGCUGACAGAAGGUGAAAGAUAUGUGAUGACUUUUUUGAAUGUGCUAAAUUUUGGAGACCAGGGUGUGUAUGACAUAGUGAAUAACCUUGGUUCUCUGGUGGCUAGAUUUAUCUUUUUGCCAAUAGAGGAGAGUUUUUACAUUUUCUUUGCUAAGGUGCUGGAAAGAGGGACAGAUGUAAAGCUACAGAAACAAGAUGAUAUUGCAAUGGCUGCAGCAGUGUUGGAGUCACUGUUAAAACUCGUGCUUCUGGUUGGCCUGAGCAUUACAGUUUUUGGCUAUGCCUAUUCUCAACUGGCUCUGGAUAUUUAUGGAGGUUCAAUGCUCAGUUCGGGAUCAGGUCCCAGUCUCCUGCGCUGCUAUUCUUUAUAUGUCCUGCUUCUUGCUGUCAAUGGAGUAACAGAAUGUUUUACAUUUGCUUCUAUGUGCAAAGAGGAGGUAGACAGGUUCAAUUUUGUUAUGCUGGCCUUGUCCUUCACAUUCUUGUGCGUCUCUUAUUUCUUGACUCAGUGGCAAGGCAGUGUAGGCUUUAUCCUUGCAAACUGCUUCAAUAUGAGUAUUCGAAUAGCACACAGCAUUCGCUACAUCUACAAUUACUUCAAAGAGAGUUCUUACAGACCUUUGAAAGGGCUGCUACUCUCGCCAUCACUAAUUUUUGUUUAUAUUAUAAGUGGAGUAGUCACUGUUUUUUCAGAGGUAUUCUUGUGCUGUGAUAAAGGCUGGCUGGCAAAGCUGAUUCACGUCACUGUGGGAGCUCUGUGCUUCGCAGCAACACUUAUCACUGUAUUCUUCACAGAGACCAAGCUGAUUAACUUUGUUAGAACGCAGUUCCUGUCACGAUAUACCAAGAAAAACUUAAAAUGAUCAUGUACGGAAUAAUUAUGUAUGUAUGUAUAUGUUUGCUACGAAGGUAUAUUUUAUAUAUAAAAUAUGCAUAGGAUAAGUUUUAAU